GUAUAUGGAGAAGAAAUCCGACACUGCUUCAAUGGCGGACGACCACCGCCUAUCACCACCCUCACCAUCGGAGGAGAAAGCCACAGGAACCUUCAUCACUCCACCAGGUUUAACCGAUGCUGAAUUCCUUGUGUUGAAGACUGCCAUCACAGAAUUCCACACCUACGAUCUCAAAUCCGCCCAAUGUUCCUCCCUUCUGGCGCAACAUGUCGACGCGCCGCCCGAUGUGGUCUGGUCUGUGAUACGACAGUUCGACAAGCCACAAAUCUACAAGCACUUCAUCAAGAGCUGUAGUGUGAAAGAAGGAUCUACAAUGGCGGAAGGAUGCACGCGUGACGUCAUCGUCAUAUCUGGGUUACCGGCAGCUACGAGCACGGAGCGGUUGGAUUUGCUGGAUGAUGAGAGGCAGGUGAUGGCGUUUACGAUCAUUGGCGGCGAACAUAGGUUGAGAAAUUACCGUGCUGUGACGACGGUGCACGAGAUUAAGGUGGAGGGAUCGCCGUCGACGAAGACGAUUGUUCUGGAAUCGUAUAUGGUGGACGUGCCGGAGGGCAACACGGAGGAGGAUACACGGUUUUUUGCCGAUACGGUGGUCAAAUUGAAUCUGCAGAAGCUGGCGUCUGUGACGGAAGCCAUCGCACGCGGCGGCGCCGCUGCCGUCGAAUCUCUCUGGUGAUGCUGCUUCCAUUCGAGCAUCUGAAUUAACUAAUUUUUAAAAAGAAAAUGGAAAUGAAAUUCGAGUUUCUAUUUUAAAUCAUUUAAUGUAAUCCCAUUUCCAUCAAAUCUAUAAUUUCAAAUAUAAAAAAAUAUGCUUAUUUCGAUCUUAAAUUAUUAAAGAAUAUUUAAAAUUAA